AUGGUUACUACUGCCGGAAAGUGUCACUGCGGGGGCCUCCAAUGGGAGAUCACUACCGAAGAAACUCCUGUCCACAUCCUCUGCCACUGCAGCGCCUGCAAGCUCAUCGGUGGUGGUGAAUACACCCUCAACCUAAUUGUUCCAAAGGACAACUGCAAGAUCACCAGCGAGACUCAGCCAAACGUCUACACCUACAAGGGUGACUCCGGCAACGAUGUUCAAUGUUUCUACUGCCCAAAGUGCACUUCACACCCAUGGCACUAUCAGACUGUCAAUGCUGACAACUACGUCGUCCGCACGGCCCUCCUCGAGGGUGCCGAUAAAUUCAAUGUCGCCGCCGAGGUCUACAUGAAGGAGAAGUUCGAGUUCCAGCCAAAGAUCGCCGAGGCCGCUUUUGAAACCGUUCCUCCAUCUUAA